AGUGACAGCUGACAGCUGCUGUGUGUGUGCGAUUGUGACGAACGAGACGACGAUUUUAACCGGCUUGUAAACAAUUUAAUACAUAAAUCCAUCAUCCAGUGUUCAAAGAUGGCGUAUUCAUUGAAGACCAUUAAUAAGGGUUUACGCCCAGCGUGGACCUUCAAUCGGUUCUGGGGAUCUGUUCAAUCGCCUCUUGUGUUCUCCGAAGAAGUUCUUGAAGCGAAAUCCAGUAACAAGCCAAUAGUGGCUUUAGAAUCAACGAUAAUUACUCACGGCAUGCCAUACCCCAAGAAUUUAGAAACUGCUAUGGAAGUUGAAAAUAUUAUCAGGGAUAGAGGUGCAACUCCGGCAAUAAUAGCCAUCAUAAAAGGUCAAUUGACUAUUGGUCUAACCGAAAAUCAGUUACGUAAUCUGGCGCAAGCUCGUGGAGUAAUAAAAGCUUCUCGUCGAGAUCUAGCGCCAAUUCUCGCCGCUAAAUUGGACGGCGCCACAACCGUAGCCGGCACCAUCAUAGCCGCGGAACUGGCUGACAUACCGAUAUUCGCAACAGGAGGACUCGGUGGCGUUCAUCGCGAAGGUGAAAAUACUUUAGACAUAUCCGCCGACUUGAAUGAACUUGGCAGGAGCAAAACUUUGGUAGUGUGCAGCGGCGUGAAAUCUAUUCUAGACAUUGACAGAACGCUAGAGUAUUUGGAAACUCAAGGUGUAUGCGUAUGUGCAUUUGGUAAGACAGCAGACUUUCCAGCUUUCUACACGGUACGAUCAGGAUAUCGAGCGCCAUAUCACGUAGAGACAGCAGAACAAGCGGCGCAAAUUCUUAACGCGUCACAUACAGUCAAACUAGAAUCGGGCAUCGUUAUAGCUGUGCCGGUUCCUGAGCAACAUGCCAUGGAUGAAUCAGUUAUAGAAAAGGCGAUUGAUGGGGCUUUGGUAGAAGCCAAAGAGAAAGGAAUCAAAGGCAAAGAAAUAACACCUUUCGUAUUAGCGGCAGUUGCAAAAGUUACCAGUGGUGCUUCUCUUCGAGCCAAUAUCGCCCUCAUAAAGAACAAUGCGAAAGUCGGCGCAGACAUUGCAGUCGAAUUCAAAAAACUGAAGAAUGUCAACAAUUCGAAUGGUGGCAAUAUUGGAUUCCUCGGUUCGAGCUCCGCCAAUAGCCGACGACAUUUUCAUACUUCGUCUGCGACGAGGAACAGGGAAAUCGAUAAUUGUGAAGACUGGCCUUUCUUUAGAAAACCUGAGGACACACAGGGCGAUGUAUUAGUGAUCGGAGGCGCGAAUAUGGACAGAACAUAUAGAGUAACAGAAAAAAACGUUGAGUUAAACGGCAGCACCCAUCCAUGUACCGUGGACCAGAGUGGUGGAGGUGUAGCUAGAAAUAUGGCGGAAGCUUUGUGGCGACUGCGGGGAGGCCGAGUGCGCCUGCUCACGGCCAUCGGUGACGACGCUGAUGGCCAGUUCAUACAAAACAUUAUUCCCGACAUGCUCCUUGAUGGAUGCGUAAUAAAAGGUGGACGGACAGCUACUUACGCUGCAGUAUUGGAUGCAAAUGGAGAAUGCCUCAUGGGUCUCGGAGACAUGGCUCUACACGAUCACAUUACAAUAGAUUCCGUAAACAAACAUAUAGAGAUAUUAGAACAAUCUCCAUUAGUGAUACUUGAUGGAAACGCUCCCCAAUCUACCAUACAACAUGUUUUACAGCUGUGCGACAAAAUGCAAAAACCAGUUUUCUUCGAACCUACAGACCAGAGAAAAUCUGUUAAGCCACUAAAUGAAGCAGUGCGUUUAACUUACGCGACACCAAAUUUAUCAGAAUUAAAAGCAAUGGCUUCUUUGAUAAAUCCAAAAUUAAAAAUAAAUAAUAUAAAUGAAAUACGAGAUAUAUUACAAUUAUGUAAUAUUGUAUCAGAGACAGUACAUUUCUUGAUUGUCACAAUGGGAUCAAAAGGUGUCAUAACAGUUAAAAACUUUACAAAUUGUCAAUUGGAUGUUAGAUUUUAUCCAGUGGAACCACUUGAAACAUUGGUCAAUGUUUCUGGAGCAGGAGAUUGUUUUGCAAGUGGCUUCAUCCAUGGAAUUCUUACAGGUCAAAGUCAAUCCUCUUGUAUAAAAUUGGGAUUUGAAGCAGCCAAAUGUGCAUUACUGUCUAAAAACACCAUACCACAACAGUUCCUUUUAGAUAAUGUGAAUAAAAAAAUUCAUUACACACAAUUAGAAAUUAAUUGCACAAACGUCCAUUAAAAUUUUCAUUAGUUUAAAGCGACAUUACCCAUACUAAUUUGACAUUCAUUAGAGCUUAAAGACGUCAUUAAACCCUAAUGGACGUUUGUGCAACUCACCGUAAAUUGUUUAAAUAAAAUAGGUUAAUGAAUGCCGUAAACAUCUUAAAAAUGAUCUCAUAGAUUCAACUUAAAACUAAAAACAUGUGAAGGCGAUAAGAUACUGACACUAACACAAAACAGAUAUAUUAUAAGUAUAGCAUAACAGAAUAUGUAUUUAGAAAUUACUAUUGGAUCAAUCAACCACAAAGAUUAUGUAUAAUAUAAAAGUUACAAAAUAGAAAUUCAGUUGAGCAAUAGUUGCCAAAAUAAAAACUGGGCAAAAUUAAAUUAUUUGUAUAAAUAAAUAAAAAGUAAGUAUAAUAAAAAUGUCCUCUGGAAAGUAUUACACAUUUUAGUUUCUUUUUAUUACAAACAUGUUAAGUUAUAGCUUCAUCAUAUAUUUGUAUAUUUUUUUCUGAAUUUUUAGUACCUAACUUAAUUUAUCACCAGCUUCAAUGGACGGAUUUAAAAUUAAGGCCACCUCUAAAUUAAUCAUACAUUCAAAUGUCAGUGUGCCCUCCUGAAUAACCCAUUUUUCUUUCAUGCAUUGUGUAUGAUGAUGGGUCACGACUUUGCAUUUCAUGCAGACGUUUAUAUUUUUGUACUCUUGCUUCAACUAGGAAGAGGAUCCCAGAGGGAAACAAGAAAACAACUCCUAUUACUCCUAAUGCAAAGGCCCAGCCCAGGUCAUUAUGCUCCCAGUUCGGCAUCCAGUCUCGGCCAUCACCUCUUGCUCCAAAUGUCACUACAGAUAUCAAUCC